GCGCGGGCCCCGUUCAGUCUGCGCGCCCCACAAGAUGGCGGCGGCCGUGCCGCCGCGACCCUGGAGCGCCGAAGAGCUGCGCAGCGACGCGCUGCCCAAGAAGGACGUCAUCAAGUUCCUGCAGGAGCACGCGGCGCAGGCGUUCCUCGCAGAGCACAAGCUGCUGGGGCAAGUCAAGAACGUGGCCAAGACGGCCAACAAGGACCAGCUGGUCGCGGCCUACAACCAGCUCUUUGAAACGCAGCGCUUUAAAGGCACGGAGAUUGCAGAUCAAGCGACUGAAAAGGUAAAGAACGUCACGGUCGCUGAAGGCAAGGCCAAAGAAACGAAGCCUGAAGAAACUGUCGAUGAGGGCCCACCAAAGUACACAAAGUCCGUCCUGAAAAAGGGGGAUAAAACCAACUUUCCGAAAAAAGGAGAUGUCGUUCAUUGCUGGUAUACGGGGAAAUUACAGGAUGGCACCGUCUUCGAUACCAAUAUUCAAACAAGCUCAAAGAAGAAAAAAGGAGCCAAACCUUUAAGCUUUAAAGUCGGUGUCGGAAAAGUCAUCAGAGGCUGGGACGAAGCCCUCCUGACCAUGAGUAGAGGAGAGAAGGCUCAGCUAGAAAUCGAACCUGAAUGGGCCUAUGGCAAGAAGGGGCUGCCUGAUGGCAAGAUCCCACCAAACGCAAAGCUCUUCUUUGAAGUUGAGCUGGUGGAUAUCGACUGAUGUGAAGACCGAUGCCUGCCUUUGGCUGCGGUGACCUCGUCUGUGCAGGAGGAGUUGGCUGACAGGGGCGGAUCUGCCUUGGCAACUUCAGGAGCUAGUGACAGCUGUGGCCUUGCCUAUUGAAAUCAGCCCGUUUGUCCCAACGGCUGUUCAGUAAACACCACUAAAGAAACCUCCGUUGCCACGUG